CCAUCUCACUCUCCUUUCUCGUCCCACAAGGAACCUCGCUGGAAUCCCGUUUGCACUGGGCUUCUGGCACUCCUGUUUCUCGGGUGCAGCGCGCGGGGGACAGAAUUCCACCUUGGAAAUAAGAUGGCAGCUGAGAAAAUGAACAUAAUUGCUUCUCUGGACACUGACCAUGCUAAGCUCGUGUUAGAUGUAGGGAUGGUCACUCUUGGAGAGAAAAUUAGGGCAGAAAUGAAUGAACAGCAACAGAAAGAACAGAAUAGAAAGGUCUUAGUAGCUGUGUGUGCUCUCCUGAAUUCUGGAGGAGGAAAGAUCAAGGCUAAAAUUGAAAAUCCAGGAUAUAGUCUUGAGAGAGAUGGAAUUGGGCAAGAUUUGACAAACUCUUUUAGAAACCUUUUGCAAUCAGUUCGGAAUUACGUAGACUUCAUUCAGGAAGAAGGACACUUUUUAAUCUUCGUGAAAUCAUGGAGUCCAGGCAACUCUCCUCUGCUGAUUGUCACCUUGGAAACUAAUGUGUAUGAAAGAAGUUUGUCGUCGUCCGUUGAAAUGAAUGCUGCUGACGCACUGGAGUUCCUCAAAUCCCUGGAACAAAGUGGAGGGAGAUUGUGUUCAAGACCAGAACUGCCUGCUAAAGGAACCGGUACUGUACAAGAGGAACUCUUUGUGGAGACAUUGGCUUCUAACUUUUUAGACAGAAAACUUACAUACAUGGAAAAUUUCUCCUUCACUGAAUCCACACAUGUUGAAUUCAAGUCAUUUGAAACAAACAACUUGUUAAAACGCCUCAAAGAGAUCCUCCCUCGAACUGUGUCUGCAUUUGCAAAUACUGAGGGGGGAUAUUUAUUCGUUGGCUUAGAUGAAAAGAAACAGCAAAUAAUUGGUUUCAAAGCAGAGAUGAAGGAUCUAAAACAGUUAAAAAGUGAAAUAGAAAGGUACAUUGAUCGGUUGCCUGUCUAUCACUUCUGUAAGGAGAAGAAGGGAUUAAAUUACAAGAUCAGAUUCAUGGAAGUCCACGAUGACGCAGGAAGUGUUUGUUCAUACGUCUGUGCACUCAGAGUGGAGAGAUUCUGCUGUGCCGUGUUUGCUAAAGAGCCUGACUCCUGGCUAGUGAAAGACAGCGGUGUGAAGGCCUUUACCACCGAGGAGUGGGUCAUGCGCAUGUGCGGGAGGGCUCCACCACCUUCCAAUUAG